AUGGGCCUCUUUAGCCACCUCGCCCUCUUGGGCGCAUUUGCUACCCUCGGGCUUGGCCAGGACUGUCCCAUCUUUGGACCGGCGUAUCCGCAGAUCGUCGAUCCCGGCUCCGCAACGGCAUUCAUCGAGGCUAAGACCGCCAUCGAAGAUGAGAUUUCCAAAGGCAUUUCCAGUGGGCAGUUGGACAAUGGAACAGUCUUUGCGAUACAGGUCUUCUCCCGUCACUCGGACGAGAUAUUGCAUGAGCACUACUAUGGACCCUCGAUCGGCCCCGACACCGUGUUCCGCCUUGCCAGCAUCUCGAAGCUCAUGAGUGUGUACACAACCCUAGCAGAGUUGGGCGACGGAUACUGGAACGACCCCAUUACCAAGCACGUCCCGGAGCUCGCACGGCUCAAGGUGCAGAAUCCGGUCUACGAUGUCGACUGGUCUGAGGUCACCCUCGGCGCCAUUGCCGGCCAUAUGGGCGGCAUCCCGCGAGACUACGCCCUCGGGGACGUGUCCGCUCUCAUCCCGGAAGGUACUCCUGGGUUGCCGGCCCUGAAUGAGACGGAGCAGAUCCAGUGUGGCAACAUCAACGUCCGGCCAUGCACGAGGGAGGAGACGUUCGCCAUGAUAUCGAAGUCGUUCCCGAUCGCACCUAGCGACCACACCCCCGCCUACUCCAACAUGGCCUUCCAGCUGCUCAGCUAUGCCGUCGAGGGGAUCACCGGCAAGAAAUUCUCGACGCUCGUCGACAAGAAUCUCAUCCAGGCCCUAAAUCUCACCCGCACCUUUCUCUCGCCACCCAUCAACGACACCAACGCCGUGGUCCUCGAGGCCUGGGACUGGGACUUUGGCGAGGAAGCUCCCGGCGGCGGCUACCUCUCCACGGCCCACGACCUAACCCACCUCGGCCGCUCCAUCCUCCGCUCCACCCUCCUCCCGCCCCCCACCACGCGCCGCUGGCUCGCGCCCAUCACCCACACCGCGCGCACCACCCUCUCAGUCGGCCGGCCCUGGGAGAUCGCCCGCCUCGCCCUGCCCAUCUCCGUCUCCCCGCCCUCCAACACCACCCGUGUCACGGAUGUGUAUUCCAAGCAGGGGUCCAUCGGCCAGUACCAGAGCCUGCUGGCGCUGUCGCCUGACCAUGGGGUGGGGUACGCGAUGCUGAUUGGGGGGGAGGGGGCUGCGGGGACGUAUGGGUUUUUGCAGGGGGUGUUGGAUCGGGUGUGGUUGGGCGCGGCGGAGCAGGCGGGGAGGGAGGAGGUGGGGGGGAGGUUUGCGGGGGAGUAUAAGGUUGCGGGUGGUGACAAUGGUGAGGAGGGGGAGGCGGUGGUGGAGUUGAGGGUGGUGGAUGAUGAGCCGGGGUUGUUUGUGCAGAGGUGGGUGAAUGAUGGGGUGGAUUUGUUGGAGUUUCUGGGCGGUGCGGGGUUGGGGCCCCAGGGGGCGAGGCUUGGGGCGUGGUUGUACCCGAUGGGGCUGGAGGGGGGAGGGAAGGUGGCGUUUCGGGCGGCGUUUGGGGCGAUGGGGGUGCCGGCGGGUGAGACGUGCGCGUCGUGGGGGUCGUUGGAUCUGGCCAAGUACGGGGGGAAGUCGGCGGAUCUGCUUAUUUUUGAGCUGGGAGAGGAUGGGAAGGCCGUGGCGGUGGAGGUGCCGGUGUUGAGGAAGACCUUUAGGAGGGUCGGGUCGGAUGGGGAGAAGUGCAAGGUGAAGAAACAGUAUUGA